AUGUUAUUGCGCACUUCUAACGCGUACAAAGAAAUCCAGGAUCUGUUGGUCGCUCUUGUCUCCGCCUUGCAAACUCUUCUCGCGUCUCGAUUUCUCCAUUCCAGGAAUAGGAGCAAGAAUCUCUUCCACGAACUCUUGAGACUUAACUCAGCGGCCAGCUCCGACGACUUCGACAUCGAACGGAUCCGGCCUCUACUCGAUGUGAUCCUCAAUAAUGAACCAGAUGAAGUCAUCUGGAACAAGGUCUACGACGCCGUUACCGAAUACACCCCCCCCUCCCCGUCCCGCCUCGUCCAUCCAGCAAACGCCAGUGUUGCAACCUCCAGCGACGCGUCUCGUUAA